GCUCAAAGAAACUUUUUUAUUUAUGCUUAAAAGCGACUUCUUAUUCCAAGCUCCAGUCAUGUCGAGCGCUGUGUUGACAUUGCUGGCCCUCGUGGUGACUGCGAAUGCGGAGUGUCAACCCGGAGAUGCCAUUUGCAAAGACCAAGAGCUUCCCAGCAACUCCCUGUUGCAGAGGGACAAACGGGCACUCGGAAAGGAACUCUUAGAGGACAGCCGCGCUGGAGUAGGCGCCGAAACCGUGCAGGAAGCACGAGUGAGGAUUGCGAAGGAGUUGAAUAGCAAUAACUUCACCAUCAGCUUGGGAGGAUGUGAUCCUAUCAGAGGCGCUGGUGACAAGUCUUGCUGCUUCUCUAGGGGUAUCACCUGCACGAAUCCUCCCAAUCCCUUCAAGGCUGCUGAGACCGGCUGCCCUCUAGGCGCACUAUGCACCGCACCGCUGAAUGUGAAUCCUUUUGGCGCGCCAUCCUAUGGCUACUGCCAGUGUCAGGGAGGAUCUCCUUGCGAAGGUGGUCAAAGCUGUGGGAUGCCAUCCUUCCCCUUCGGGCAGUCGGAGGAAAAGCCGGAGGAGGCAGCCCACGAAAAGAUGGUUGCGGUCGAAAGCUCUGCGAAGGAGCAGCUUGCUGAAACCGCGCAGGAAGCUCGAGUGAGGAUAGCGAAGGAGUUGAAUAGCGAUAACUUCACCAUCAGCUUGGGCGGAUGCGAUCCCAUCAGAGGCACUGGAGACAAGUCGUGCUGCUUUUCGCGGGGUAUCACUUGCACGAAUCCUCCGAAUCCCUUCAAAGCGGCGGAGACAGGCUGCCCCCUAGGCGCCUUGUGCACUGCCCCGUUGAACGUGAAUCCUUUUGCUCCGCCCUCCUAUGGCUACUGCCAAUGUCAGGGAGGAUCUCCUUGCGAAGGUGGUCAAAGCUGUGGGAUGCCAUCCUUUCCCUUUGGGGAGUCGAAGGAUGAGCCCAAGGAGGCGUCCCAAAAAGAUCUCGGAGCGAUUGAAAGCUCGGCAAAGGUGACGGAGGCUAAAGUGGGCCUGGAAACUGAGCAGGAAGCGCGUGUCCGGAUUGCCAAGGAGUUGAAUAGCAACAACUUCACCAUCAGUUUGGGUCAAUGCGAUCCUAUCAGAGGAGGUGGUGACAAGUCCUGUUGCUUUGAGCGUGGGGUCACCUGUACGAAUCCACCGAAUCCCAUGAAGGCCUUCGAGACUGGCUGCCCAAUAGGAGCCAUGUGCACUGCACAGAUCAACAUCAACCCCUUUGCGCCGCCAGCCUAUGGCUACUGCCAGUGCCAGGGAGGAAUGACUUGCAACGGUGGUCAGAGCUGCGGGCUCAAUUUUCCGAAUCCCUUCGGAGAGAGCAAGAAGGCGAAGCUGGAGGAUGACGAGCCCAAGACGGCUGCAGCAUCUGCAGCUCUGGUGGGGUCUGAAUCGCAAGAAGCUGCGAAGAGAAGUGAGGAGACGCUGAACAGCACUGGCAGCUGCAUCCCCGGCACGAGCGACUUGUCCUGCUGCAUGGCGAGGGGGGCAACUUGCACGAAUCCUCCGAAUCCCUUCGACAUGUCGACCUCGUGUCCCCCAGGUGCUAUUUGCUCUGCUGGUUUCAAUGUGAACCCCUUUGCGGGGCCACAGUAUGGCUACUGCCAAUGUCAACUAGGAGCUCAUUGUGCUGCGGAUGGCAACAGUUGCGGGGGAGCUGGUGUUGGCAACCCGUUCCUCAAGUGCACGGGCGGUCUGCAAGACCCGCCGACCUGUUGCCCCAAGCGCUACACUUGUACGAAUCCUCCAAUGCUCAAUAACUUAUCAACGACUUGUGGCCUGGGUCAAGCCUGCGACGCGGAUCCCACCGUUCUUGGCGGACAUCCCACGUUUGGCACCUGCAAAUGCAUCACCGGCGCCUGCGGCGCCGAGGGACACUGCAAUUUCAUGUAGCAUUAACCGUUGAUGAUUCAAU